AUGAUCUCCGACUCGACGCGAGAGAAAGCCAAGGCCACCAAGGCCUAUCUCGAGCAGAAGUAUGCCGCCAUGAAGCGCGAGCGCGAAGAGAGUCGUGAGCGACGCAACUUGCUGGAGCAGCAGAUGGCCGCGCUGUGUCUCACCGAGCGCAAGAAAGAGCAGUACCGUCAGGAGCUCCGCUCGAAAGAGUUACAGAGUAUGCGCCAUCAGCGCAAGCGCUUAGCGGUGGGGGAUUUCCAGCCACUUGCAGUGAUCGGUCGAGGCGCGUUUGGCGAAGUUCGUCUCGUGAGGAAGAGAGACAGUGGCGAGAUCUUUGCGCUCAAGUCGCUCGACAAGAGCGUGAUGGUGCUCAAGAAUCAGGUGGGCCACGUCAAGGCCGAGCGCGAUAUCUUGGCAAGUGCUGACCAGGACAACAAGUGGCUCGUGAUGCUGCACUACUCGUUCCAAGAUGACCAUCGGCUGUACAUGGUGAUGGAGUAUUUGCCUGGAGGAGAUUUGAUGGGCUUGUUGAUGAAAGAAGACACGCUCAAUGAAGCCACGACGCGCUUUUACGCGGCGGAAAUGGUGCUAGCGAUCCAGUCGGUGCACGAUCUCGGCUACAUUCAUCGUGAUAUGAAACCGGACAAUGUGCUGCUGGAUGCUCAUGGACACUUGAAGCUGACGGAUUUAGGACUUUGCAAGAAGAUGGACUCGCGGGUGGACUUGUUACCGAUCACGCAACACGUGAUGAACCCCGACAAAGCUGCAGCAGCAAAUGGAGGUGCAGGAAAUGGUGCCGAAAACGGCAUGGAUGCGUCACGCAGCAAACCUUUCUGUCGCUAUCGACAGGUUGCGUUCAGUACCGUCGGUACACCGGACUAUAUUGCGCCAGAGGUGCUGGCACAGAAGGGAUACGGCAAAGAGUGCGAUUGGUGGUCCUUGGGUGUGAUCUUGUACGAAUGUUUGGUGGGCUACCCUCCGUUUUACGCGGAUGAGCCCGUGCAGACGUGCCGCAAGAUCAUUAAUUGGAAGCAGUCGUUCGGGUUCCCUCAAGAGGCCAUCGCCCGACUAAGCCCGCAGUGCAUGGCCUUUGUCAGGGGCCUCAUUUGCAAUGCAGAGAACCGACUGGGAACAGGGUCAAUUGAGGAGAUCAAGCGACACCCGUGGUUCAACGGUGUCGACUGGUCAACGUUGCGCUCGAUUCAGGCUCCCUACAUUCCGCCAGGCGGUGGCGCACAGUUUGACAAGGUCUUGCACCAACUGCAGGCGAACGACCCCGGCCAGGGUGGCCCGCCAUACCAAGAGCUCGUUCGGCAGAUCACGUCAAACUUUGACGAGUUUACAGAGCCGUGUGAAUUGCCUGCGCCAGCUCCGGUGCAAGCGUCCAGCGUGGCGCAGGAACCGUCAGCAGCAACAAUGGACGGGCAGUGCGUUGCAGCUCGUGGCAAUGAGGCCACCUCCCAUGAUGAUAAUGGAGGCGAGGUGCCGCAAGCAUUCGGCCCGGAUGGCAAACCGUUGACGUUCAACAAGUUCAUUGGCUACACGUACAAACGCAAGCCGCCCGUUCGCAUGGCACUGCACGACGGACUGUUUGACAAUGGCAGCACAGGCUCUGCACCUACAUCUUCAACCCCCGAGACCGGUUCCGAGUCAUCAGCGGACCCCGUUUGUCUUUUGGCUACCAACAACGUGGCGACAAAAGUCGCCGCGCCUAUGAUUGGCGCUGGAGACCGUACCCAGUUUGGGAUGGACGAUCAUUUGUCAGCCACAACAAAUCAAGAGUAG